GGAGAAGAUGUUGAUCUUCAUUUGUAUCUACCGGAUUGUCAUCCUAGUAAAUAUUCCCUGUUUAUGUUGGUGAAAGAUUGUCAGCCUAAUAAAAUAAGUCCUGAAUCUUGUGUUUCUACCGAAUGUCAAAGUGGUCCGAAAACAGGCAAACCCAAAUGGAGGAACAUUACUCAAGAAGAGGCUGGAUGGGUUGAAUGCUGGACAGUCCCGAGUGUUGUGUUUACCAUUGACUACUCAUGGCACCCAAUUUAUCCUCAAAAGGCAGAUGAGCAGUUAAAACAAUCCUUGUCGGAAAUGGAAGAAACGAUGUUAUCUGUUCUAAGGCCAUCACAGAAAACAGCCGACAGUGUGAUUUCAUCUCCCACAGCUUCAACCCGCCUUCCCCUUGACCCCUCAGAGCUGCCCCCGGAUAAGCUCCAUGUGGAACUGGAACUCUCCCCAGAUUCCCAGAUAACCCUGUAUGGACCCCUGCUCAAAGCCUUUCUGUCCAUAAAGGAAAAUUAUUUUGGAGAAGAUGACAUGUACACUGAUUUUGAAGAAGUUAUUUCAAGCCCUGUUUUGUCACUGUCAACAUCUUCAAGCUCUGGAUGGACAGCUGUUGGAGUGGAAAGUGACAAAAAAGAAAAUGAAAGUUCAGUCAAGCCAGUUCACCCUCUUACUUUACGCCCAUGGGAUAUCACUGUGCUUGUUAAUUUGUAUAAAGUGCAUGGGCGAUUACCAGUGCAUUGCAGUCCAGAUGGUCCUGAGUGCCCUACAGCUUUCUUGGAGAGGUUGUGUUUUGAGAUGAAGAAGGGAUUUAGAGAAACAAUGCUUCAACUUGUACUGUCUCCAGUGAAUUUGUUUCUGAAUGACAACUAUCAGCGACCUGCAGUGGAUGAAGUUCUUCGAGAGGGUCAUAUCAGCCUGUCAGGUCUGCAGUUGCGCGCUCAUGCAAUGUUUUCAGCAGAAGGUCUGCCUCUUGGAAGUGAUACUUUAGAAUAUGCGUGGCUGAUAGACGUACAGGCUGGAAGUCUUACAGCCAAAGUUACAGCACCACAGCUUGCGUGUCUUCUGGAAUGGGGGCAGACCUUUGUAUUUCAUGUGGUGUGCCGGGAGUUUGAACUGGAAAGGCCAAAAUCUGUAAUAAUAUGCCAGCAUGGAAUUGAUCGCCGGUUUUGUGACUCAAAGAUGAACUGUGUCCCUGGGCCAUGCCCAACAUCUGAUGACUUAAAGUACACUAUGACACGCUUAGCCAUGGAUGGAGCAGAUCUGUAUGUGGUAGAACAUGGCUGUGCCACCAAUAUAAAGAUGGGCGCUAUACGUAUUGCGAACUGCAACCUCCACAACCAGUCUGUUGGAGAAGGUAUAAGUGCUGCUAUUCAAGACUUUCAACUGAGACAAUAUGUUGAACAGGUGAACAAUUGCAGAACUGGUCUUCAGCCAAUAUUAAGGAGGGCGUACUGGCUGGAAGCUGGCUCUGUCAACUUGGGGCUCAUCACUGCUGACAUCGCUUUAGCUGCAGAUCAUCCUUCAAAGCACGAAGUGCAGAGACAUUUCUUAGAAACGCAUGAUAACCGAACUAAGAGAUUGUGGUUUUUGUGGCCUGAUGACACUUUGAGGAAUAAGAGAAGCAAGAACAAGUGUGGCUGUCUUGGUGGUUGUCGAUUCUUUGGUGGCACGUUAACGGGACUAGAUUUUUUCAAACUUGAGGAGCUGACACCUUCAAGCAGCUCUGCUUUCUCAAGUACGAGUGCAGAAUCUGAUAUGUUUUAUGGGCAGUCUUUACUGCAGCCAGGAGAAUGGAUAAUUACUAAGGAGAUUCCUAAAAUUUUAGAUGGUAAAGCAAAUGGUGUAAAACGAAAAGAUUGGGAUUGCAGAUCUAUGGGAAUAGAAAUAGAAAGAAAAGCACAACAUCUAAGUCUACAAGUGCCGUUGCGCUCCCAUAGCUCCUCAUCGUCUUCGGAGGAAACAAGCAGUUCUAGUGCUGCACUCCCCUUGCUUGCAGGUGAGAAGGACAGCCCAUCGUCAACUAUGGAGGAUCACGUGGGACAGAAGGAGUUCUUGUCUGGUGCAAAAAGGGAAGAUGGUCAUGGAAGUGUUGCAGUUGAGGGGGCAGAGGGCAGCCCUGCCUCCCCUGGCAACCAGGAAAGGCCUGUUGGUCAGUCUCCCCUGAGGUCUCCACUGAAACGGCAAGCAUCUGUGUGCUCCACCCGGCUUGGGAGCACCAAGAGCCUCACGGCAGCCUUCUAUGGAGACAAGCAGCCUGUUCCAGUUGGUGUGCAGUUCAGCAGCGAUGUGUCUCGCAGUGAUGAGAAUGUCCUGGACUCCCCAAAGCAGAGGAGGAGCUUUGGUUCUUUUCCAUAUACUCCAUCUGCAGAUUCGAACUCAUUUCACCAGUAUCGUUCGAUGGAUUCCAGUAUGUCAAUGGCUGAUAGUGAAGCUUAUUUUUCUGCAGCAGAAGAGUUUGAGCCAAUAAGUAGUGAUGAGGGUCCAGGAACAUAUCCAGGGAGGAAGAAGAGAAAAAAGCAAGCUCAGAAAAUUGAAUAUAGUAGAGGGUCUAUUUAUCACAGUGUGGAAGGGCCCUUAACAAGCACAAUCCAUGGCGAAAUUAGUCAAGAUGUUAAAACGUUGCCACUUAAGACUCAUCCUUCACAGGCUUCAUUUGUUUCGGCUCUGGGAGGAGAAGAUGAGCAUGUUGAAAAUAUGUAUGUCAUGGAAUCUGAGAAGACUGUGGAAAGUGAGCAAAUAACUUCCCAGCAGCCUGUAAUGGCAUGUUACCAAAAUUAUCUUACACAGUUCCAGGUAAUCAACUGGUCAGUAAAGCAUCCAACUAACAAAAGAACUUCAAAAUCCUCAUUGCAUCGCCCUUUAGACCUUGACACACCGACGAGUGAAGAAAGUUCAUCAUCUUUUGAGCAACUUUCUGUCCCAACUUUUAAGAUUGUUAAACAGGGUCUCACAGCUAAUUCAUUACUGGACAGAGGCAUGCAGCUUACAGGAUCAACAUCUAAUACACCUUAUACUCCUUUGGAAAAGAAGUCUGCAGAAAAUACAGAUGAUGAAACAAUAACGGAAGAAUGGACGUUGGAUCAUCCCGUCUUCCAGACACGGACAACGGCAAUAGUAGAAGUAAAAGGAACUGUAGAUGUAGUUCUGACUCCUCUUGUAGCAGAGGCACUGGAUAGGUACAUAGAAGCAAUGGUGCAUUGCGCUAGCUCUCGACACCCAGCAGCAAUCGUUGAUGAUCUGCACUGCAAAGUUCUUCGAGAUGCUGUACAGAACAGCAAAACCAGCUUCUCAGAAAACUUAUCUUCAAAGCAGGAUAUUAGAGGAACAAAAAUAGACACUGCCACUACAGGAACAACAAACCAGGGACCAGCACAGACUAAUCUGUCACUUAAGCAAGAUAAUGUGACAAUUAAAGGUCUUCAGGCCAACGUUACUGUACCAAAGGUGAACCUGUGUUUACUACAAGCAUCUGUUGAUGAAUCCCCAGGGGUUUCGUCUGGCAAAACUGUGACUCACGUUUCAUUAGUAGCUUUGUGUUUUGAUAGAAUUGCCACGCAAGUUCGUAUGAAUAG